CCAUAUUGUUUGCAUUUUUUAUCCCAAUGUCAAUUUAUUUUGUGAUUUCUUCAGGACCAACGCGAGUUUUCUUUUGAUUGAAUUUCCUUUAAAUACGCAGUUCACAGUGAUUUCUUUUCAAAAGAAUUUUGCCACAUUGAAAAAAUGACACAAUCAACAUCAACAGUUAAUCAAUCAACCCUUUUGCCACUCGAGCUCGUGGAUAAGUGUAUAGGCUCCAGGAUUCACAUAAUUAUGAAAAAUGAUAAAGAAAUCGUUGGAACUCUUUUGGGUUUUGAUGAUUUCGUCAAUAUGUUGCUUGAGGAUGUUACCGAAUAUGAACACACACCUGAGGGACGCAGGAUAACAAAACUUGAUCAAAUAUUGUUGAAUGGCAAUAAUAUAACAAUGCUCGUUCCCGGUGGAGAUAUGCCUGAUUCAGCAUGAACACUGGACAGGAAAAAUUUGAAUUUUUAUUUUCCUUAAUGUAUUUAAGCUUGAAAUAAAUAAUCAUUCUGGAAA